ACCUAACUCUGCUACAGCAUCGCUAUCAGGGUGGUGGGUUAAAACUCGUGAUGUCUCGAGAUUAUGGAGAAAUCGAGUGCUUUGCAUUAUGAUAAAGGAGCUUUUAAUUAUGAGUAAAUGUAGCUGGCAGGACUUGAAUCCUCGUUAUCGAGAUCGAGGAGCUUUUGACUCCCCUCGGUGAUUUUUUGGUGACAUCCGGGACUCCGCGGAGUACUUUAAAAAAACAAGGUAUGGUCUUGACAUCGUAGGGGAUGAAAGAAUUUCCAGAAACCUAAAUGGAUUACUGUCAUAAAUGAUCCAAUGCUCUCUGUGAUAUAAUUUGUCAUGUUUCAGGAGCAUCCAUCCAGGAUCAAUUGGAUCUUUCAUGUACCCUGGUCGUGAUUAUAGCUUUGAUGGAAUGUAUGUCCGGGAAACUGAUCAAAACCUGUGGCCCACCUAUCAUUAGCGUUUCUAGAGACGAUCAUUAGUGGGAGUCCAUACAGAGAACUCGCUGGUGGACCAUGACAGUCCAGACCGUUCCGUUUGCGGAGAACGGAGUCCUCUCCGCCCAAUGCCAAGCUGGGGAUUCACAGCACACAAACAUGGGACAGCUGCGGAUGUUGACCUCACCACUGUUUUUAAACUUGCAAUUCGACCGUUGAGGACUAUAGGGCUUAAGAUGGACAUUGCACUUGCAAGCAAAAAAAGGCUAUUCUUAGGCGAAGAGAUCGCUCGGUUAGCCGAUUCUCGUAUCGAUCUCCGCUUUCAAGGCUACAUCGAUGAUACUUGCAUUCGAUAUUUACUGUGUAGGAAUCCCAAUAGUGACGUCUGUGAUGAAUAGAGGUAUUGAAUAAAUAUCUCGGGACUGGGCCGGAGAGACAAUGUUCAAAAGAAAUCUUGACUACUUGAAUUGAUCGCAACUGUCGCUACAUUCGGAGGCCCAUUGAAGCAGGUCUGAAUUAGAAACUCACAAUUGCACUGUCGAAAGACCUAAAGCCGAAAUGGUGAUGUUUCACAAGCGCGAAGAGUCACAGGGCUCUGGACUGGCGGGGCCAUCUGGCCCCGGAAGCCGUGGCCAGCUGCCUAUGAUCCAGAUGCCGGACAGCUUGCGCUAUAACGCUCUCUGCAUGAUGGGCGAGUUUGUGGGCACAUUCCUGUUCCUCUUCUUCUCUUUCGCUGGAACUCAGGUCGCUAAUACGCCCGCGCCGGUGCCGGGAGCGAACCCGAAUACUUCCAAUCUCUUGUACUCAUCUCUGUGUUUCGGUUUUGCUUUGACUGUCAAUGUCUGGGCCUUCUACCGAGUCACUGGUGGUCUCUUUAACCCUGCUGUCACACUUGCUCUAUGCUUGACCGGUGGUAUGCCCCCACUGCGAGGCUUGAUGGUCUUCCCGGCUCAGCUGGUUGCCGGCAUCGCUUCUGCUGGUGUUGUUAGCGCACUGUUCCCCGGUUCUCUGAACGUCGGUACCCGACUGGGUGGCGGUGCCUCCAUCUCCCAGGGUCUCUUCAUUGAGAUGUUCCUGACUGCGCAGCUUGUACUCGUGAUCAUCAUGCUGGCUGUCGUCAAGCACAAGUCGACCUACCUGGCACCCGUCGGUAUCGGUCUCACUUUCUUCGUCUGCGAGAUGGUUGGUGACUACUAUACCGGCGGUUCCCUGAACCCCGCCCGAUCCCUGGGUCCCGACGUAAUCAAUCGCAGCUUCCCCGGAUACCACUGGAUCUACUGGGUUGGUCCUCUGCUCGGGUCGCUGCUUGCGUCAGGCUUCUAUCGCCUGCUCUGCUUUGUCCGCUGGGAGCACAUCAACCCUGGCCAGGAUUACAAUGAGUGGGAGACCAAGGCUCGGAAGGACUCUAUGGGUGCUUCGGAGCGCACAGUGACCAAUCCCGGCCACUAUGGUGUUGGCAAUGGCAAUGCUAAUGGCAGCUACACUGGAAAUAGUGAUACUACCACUGGCUUUGCGCGCCCACCCACUGCCGAGACUGCUCCUGAGCAGCAAGUCUAAAUCCGAGCAGUAGGUGUCAGCAGAUUUGGAUGAUGCGAUAUUUGGUAGACUGUGUAUUUGGGUCAGUGCAAUGGCAUUCAUUGCACGGUCUUGCGUGGAUAAUAUUUGUGGGCUGAUGGGCUUUGUCGUCGGAACGGAGGAAGGCAGACGCGACGUUUGACUUUCGCAAGCUAUAUAUCCACUAUCUAUUUUGCUUUAUGUGGAUUUGAUGGCGGAUUAAUCAAUCAAUUAAUCAAUCAAUUCUCAACUCUGGCAUUGAGAAGACUCUAAUAUCCAUGAGAAGGUGAAAAGUUCUGAUGCGGCACAAUAUGCAGUCCAUAAUGUGUUUGACGUGGGCCUUGACAAGAGCUGGC